UUUCUUGUCAAGUGUCAAAUUUAAGUGUACGAAAACAUUUUCGUAUCAGAUUUUCAUGAUGCAUCUGUACGCGAAAAUGUAGAAAAAAUCCUAAUUAAUUAGCACUGAAUAAUCGUUCUGAAGUUUUAGAAAAGCAAGCAGUUGGCACAUUGGUUUCAAACGUUUUGCUAGGAAAAAUACCCAUUAAAAGGUCCAUUAUUCGUCACUUGCUAAUGACUUAGGUGCGCAGCUUAGUGUUUUGAUUUAAAAAGUGAAAAUUUACUUGCUGACUGCAGUGCGGCAGCUGAUCAGCUUUUGUUUUUAAUUUUUGUUGUGUUUGAAAUCGGUGGGGAAGUGCUAGUCACCAUGAAUUCAGCUGGAGGCGUCCGAGGUCCAAGUGCGACCAGUAAUGGUAAAGAGCCAAGCAAGCGAUUCUCAAUUCACGAUGCCUUCGAAGAGGAGACUGACGAGGUAAUCAAAGUCUAUGGCACGACAGUGAUAUCGACACCGAUACGAGCCAAAACCCGAUCACCGGACGACGUUUCCAUACGGGUGCACCACGAUCAGAGAACUCUAAAGUACACCGAUGAUACCACCUCUAGGGAUAGUGAUUCACUGAUACAGGAGUACGGCAAUUUAUCUACGAACGACACCUACACUUACUGCUGGCGACACCCGAAAGUACGGGAGAACUGGCGAACGGUACUGGCUGCAGCCACUCUGCUGGUUAUUGGAACCGGUCUAAUAGCAAUGGGAGCGUACGCAAUCGCUGAACCCCACAACGGUUCGCAGGCGGCAGUGUUCUUCGUCGCAGGAUUCAUAUGCUUUGUCCCCGGAGCGUAUCACGUUGUAUAUAUCUGGCUAGCAGCUCGCGGUUAUCGGGGCUUCGAUUUCUAUCACCUUCCACUGUUUACGUAAGAUGGAGACAUUGAUAGGCCACAGUAGGCGAGUACUACUUGACAAGUUUGAAGCGGCAAUAGAAAUACGAACCAUGCUCAUAUUUCCUUCCCCGGGGAGAAGGACGGUGAAAAUUGAGACGACGUGCGAAUAUUUUUCACGGCACUUUCUGAAACAAAUGGUAAGUGACUCAACCAUAAAUUAAUUAAAACUUUUAUCCUAUCAUCAGACGCGGAUAGUUAUACAGGAAGAUCUGUUUGGAACAAAAAAAUGUCGAAAUUAAAUGUUUUGAUUUAUUUUAUAUUUCCCACUAGUUAAGGCAGGCAUAUACACUCUCUAAUAAUGUAUAGAUUUUCAAUGGAAAGAAAACAAUGUAAACAUCGCAAUCCGUAUCACAGUUUAAUUUAGAAAGCAAAAUUGGAAACUUUCAUACACCUAGUGACAAAUCAAAAACUGCUUUAUGGUUAUGGUUGAUGAUGUAGAUCACGCUGUCGAAUGCACUAAAGUGGAUUCCAUCUGUAAUUGCAAAGAAAUUUUAGAGUAAUUGUAAAUUAUUUAUUUGGAAAAAAAUUAUGUUCAUAGAUUCCAACGUUUUGCUUGAAAAAAAUCAAAAUGUAUAGUUAGUCAAAAAGGCUGAAAGAUACAUAAGCUACUCACAUUCAAUAAACAUAGCUGGUAUCAAAAUCGACUUUGCCAGAUUUUUUACUAAUUUACCAAUCAAAAGUUUGACCCAGUCGAAUCGAGAUAUGCGUUUCCUAAUUUCAUUCAACUUAAACAAUAUCAGAAUCGGCCAGUGUUUUGCGGAACGAAAUCGACUAAUAAUAAUGCAAUUAUCAGUGAACUCAUUAUGUAACCAAAAGCCGCUUAUAUCUUUUGACAAGUCGUUAAAGUUUAAGUUUCAAAUAUACAUUCGAGUCUAAGGAUGCAACUCAUCUAUCAGCAAUAUAGGCAAAAUCGGACUCUUAUCUGCCAGUCACGCAAUAAAUUUUCACAACUCGAUUUUGCAAUGAAACAAUGUAGUGUAAAAAACUUAUAGAUCCGUUAAACAUUAUGUAGCAUCGGUUUAAUUCCACCUGUGAUGAAAAAUCAACAAGUCAAUGUCCCAACUAUUUUAUUUGAGAAUUCUCUCGCUGGGAUUCUACUCGAUAUGCUAGGCUUUUCUAUAUGGUUUCAUCUACUCGGAACUCGCUAGAAUAUACAGCAGUGUGCCAUGUAUUUUCGCAAUUCGCAUAUAUAAAAAAUAAUGAACAACAAAAAAAACUUGCACCCUGUGUGAGAACGUAAUGAAAUGGCUUUGCAUGAAUAAAAAAUCAACCGCAUAUGAUAGAACAGUUAUAAAACAUUCUGCCGCUUUUCUAACUCUAACCAACGGUACCCAGCUCAGUAUUCGCGUUCAAACAGGGUAAGACUGGAUUUAACAAUUACAUACUUCUGAAGCUAGAGUGUUUUGGAUUCAUCGAUUGUGUCUUCAAAAUCGUGAAAAGGCUUCCCGGAUUUGUAUCUUAGAUAUACUAUAUGAUAUUAAAACAUUUUGAAAUCAUCGUUAUAUUGAUCAUUAUUUAUUUUUACUAUACAAAACAUAAUCUAGAAGGAACUGAUCGGCGAAUAGAACACUAAUCGAUUCAAUUUUUAUUGGACAUGACGUUACAUUGAACGUAAAACAAAUGUUUAAUUUAAAGUAGACUUGCUAAAAAGCUCAACUGUUAGAAUUUUCAAAUUAUAUUGGUUUGAAUAGAGGAGAAAAAAACCUUAAAUUUGUUUUUCAUGGCGUUAUAGGAAAAAAAAAACUGAUAAGAAAAUAAAACAAUGUACUUUAAAUUUAAAUAAGUUACACAUACAAACUCGAUUGACAUGAUAACACAUUAUUUGUUCGCAGUGAACUGAGGUGUAGAAGCAACAACGAGGCAUUCCACGUGAUGUAACACACUUGCACUGACAAAUACUAUCACAUUACUCGGUAAAAUUUUCAAAAGACCAUAUCAGCAAAUCUCCCAUAAUCUCUCUUUGUUGGGAUUUAACCAUCGAAAUUUCUAUUGGAUUGGUACUGCUGUUGUGAAGGACGUGUGAAAACGAUCGACAGAAGAGAAAAUAAACAAAGUAUGGUGUCAUUUGCGAAUACGGUCUUUUAAAAAAUUCUUCGGGAUUGUUUUUUUUCUUAUUUUUUCUCUACCCUCUUUUCCUAUCACUUACAAUUUUAUAUCAUAUUUUCCGUACACCAAAAUUAGUCUGAUAUGCGCCAGAAAAAAAUAUAUAUCUCAUUUCAAUCUUCACAUGGAAUGCAUCAUCGUGUUGUAGACAAUUAAGUUCCACAUUUGGCAUAAUGUCAAUGAAAUUGCAAUUACUGUAGGCUAACUAUUGAAAUUAAGCAAACGAAAAAUAAAAAUUUAUAUAUAACACAUUA